AUAUAACUGCCGCGUGUUGCGUCAACUCCAUGUACGUACUGGUAUUGCUGUGUCUCUCCGGAGCUAGCUGUGACUGGGUGGAGAUAUCGCAGAAUCAUUACCGCAAUGAAUUCACGAGACCGUUUACCAGGCGCGAUGGAGCGGACGAAAGCACAACAGCUAUUGCAGUGUACAGGAAUCAUUCAGUGAUAGAAAAACAUAAGAAAAUAGGUGUCGUAGAUAGAGUGCAAAACGUCGCUAACAUCAAGAGGGUUCAUAUCCCUACUGUUAAAACGCCUUCUUUUCCUAAUGAUAAAAUAAUAUUGAACAGCAGAGCCACCCACGAACAGAAGCACGGCCACUUGGAGUCGAAACUUGACGUGCCUCAUCACUAUCAAUCAUCGCUCAGCAGAUAUCAUGAAGAAGAAAUACCGAGCAAGACUGAUCACAGACAUAGUGAACAUUCAUUCGAAACGAACUCAGGGGAGUCUUCAUUUUCAAAUGUUCAUAUUAAACAAAAUAGUAAAAUAAACAAACAGGAAACUGUGACCGUACCAUUAACAACAAAUACGAUAAAUAAAAAAAAUUUAUUUGGAAAUGUGAAUGACGAAAAACCGAUCUCACCAAACUAUUCAGUUAUACCAACACGUAAAACGAUAUAUUUUGACAAGUCAAUAACUUCCACAAAGCCACCAAUCGGUUAUCAAGAAAAAGUAAAACAAAACAGUGGUGAAGAUCAGAAAGAAAGUUUAACAGAAAAGCCGUUCGUAACAGAUACAACGAAGCAAUCGGAUAUUCGCAGAAUUAAUAUUUCUCCUGAAAAAAAAACACCGAAACCUCAGGAUAAUAUCAAAGACUUGGAUGAACUUGACGACAAUGAACAAAAACAUAACAACAGAGACAAAGAAGAGCAACGGGUUAAAACCAACUCAGAGGAAAUAUCUCACAAAACCAAGGGCAGUACAAUGAACACCGUGUGGAAGCUGUUGAAACUUGUUACAGAUACAAUUACAUCAAAUACCAAAAGAGGUUUCAAAAGCAAGAUUAACUACUUGGAGAACUUGAAAACUAGAAUAUUAACAAGUAUAGAAGAUCAUGUGGAACGUACUUGGCCGGACGAGGAUCGUUCGCCACGCCGCGCCCGGGACACGGGCCGCGGCCACGUUGAGUUCCCGUCCUCAGAGGGCGCCCUCAUGUCCAUAUCAUUUUUAACAUUCGCCGUAUUCCUCAUCAAAUUAGUGUUGCAGGUGAUCCAUACUUACAAGAACAAAACGAUGAUGGUGACUCCGGCAGUUGUGACAGCGGUAGGUCGAGCUGCUGCGGCUAUGAAAUCAAAAAAUCCUUAAAAAUUGUGUAGAAAGAAAACUUACUUCUCAGUUACGUCCCGAUUCUGUCUGUGAGGUGAAUACGCUUAGAUAGGAAUACAAUACUUGAAGAACGGGAACAAUUUUUAAAUAAAAACCUCUAUAUUAAAGAAGUACUAAAUACGACUAAAUAUAUCAAAUAUAUUUCACUUUUUUAAAAUCUUACAAACCCUUAAAUUAUUUACACAUAUGUAUACCGCAUUGGCAAUAUUAUAUAUUUUUUAUAUAGUCUGCUAGUAAAAUGUGAUUCUAGUAUAUCUCGUGCUUUGUCAUGUUAUAAAACG